UUCUUAUUUUCAUAAAUUUCCACUGAAUAUAAAGCUUUCGGUCGUGUUUAUCCUAUACAUAGGAUAAAGUAAGGCACAAAUGAAGUAAGCUACUUCCGGGUUCGAGCCGAAGUUGAAGUUGUCGCCCACUAAACUCAAACACCCUGUAAGUGAACGGAGGUUGUUCGACUCAUGUUUGUGUGUCUUACAAUGCUAGAAUGGAGCAGAGGCAUCAGAAAAUCUUAAAGAAGAAGUACAAAGACCUUACCCGGGACCUCAGGCCGGACGAUGUCAUGGAUCAUCUAAUACAAGAGGACAUCUUGGACUUUACUGACAUUGAACUGGUGAGAGCCCAGAGUGUGACCAAGCUACAAGUGGAGAAACUGUUGGCUAUCCUGCUAACCCGCGGUCCCAGGGCCUUUGGCGUGUUUCUGGAAUCGCUGGAAGAACGGUAUCAAUGGCUGUAUAAUGAUCUGAAGAAGGCAGACGAGGAGUCAACAAGACUGCCACAACAGCCGGGACUUGGGGAGUACGAGAACACCAGCACCAGUGAGGCAAGGCAUCCUGUGCAGGAGACGGAAAAGCCAUCCCCCAACCAACCUGGGGAAACAUGUGUGAAGCGACCAUCCCAGCCGGGUACACAGACAAGAAAGAAAGCAGUGGUCCAGGGCCAGUGGACCGCCGGUGGGGCUGUGCGUCCGUUGACAGACGAGGAUAAGGUCGCCCGGAAGAUGGCAAACAUGCAACUCAGCAACCAGCACGCCCGACUUACGGUUCCGCCUGAAGUCAGCAGCAAGCGCGUCACAGAGAAACAGCUCAACGUCUUGGCUGGGAAGCUAGGAAAGGAAUGGGAGAACCUGGCCAUACACCUGGACCUGACCCAGGCAGAUGUGGACAGGUGCAAGGCAGACCAUGUCCACAACACCAGGUCACAGAUCUUCGCCAUGCUGAUGAGCUGGAGGGCCAGGACAGGGGCAGCCGCCACCGUGGGAGCACUAAUUCACAAUCUGGAGGACUUUGGUGACAUUCAAGUGGCCAAAUAUGAGUUUUUAACUCAGACAAGCUAGAUCAGUCUUAAUCUGGUGAAUUGAGAUCUAGAGAGAGAAAGAGACUGAAACAGAGAGAGAUGUUUGUGCCUUUGCAAUCCUGUGGACAAAUCGAAUGGCAUGGAUUAUUACAUCAUGUUGUUUUCUCACUUAAACGAACAAGAACACUAAGUGUCUUUAUAUACAUAAUACAUGUUUUAGUGAUACUUCCUUCGACUUAAGGUUGAAAAAAUAUAUUUCAAAGUAGCUAGAAUAAAUGUGAGACUAUAGUGAAAUGUGUACAAUAAGCAAUACUUUGUAAACCAAGCGGUAUAGUACUUGUGAUAAUAAAACCAAUGUAUUGAGAGAUAUGGGUUUUCUACAAUGAAUAUGAUCUAUGUGACAACAGCAGAUAAGCCAAAGGCCUAGGACAGUACCUCAUGAUCAGAAUGUAGAUUACACAUAAAACACAGUAGUAAGAAACAAAACAUCAGAGGAUUUACCAUGAUUUAUGGGAAUGCUAAUUGCAUCAAUGAUGCGAAAGACUAGGCAGAUCAGAUGCACAAUGAUAUUGUAAGGAAAGAUAUAUUACUGCUGGUUGAAGUCUGUUUCUAUGCUGCCAUGGAUCAUGUGUCUUGCUCGUAGAUUAAGCUCAUGAAAUGAGUCUCUUUUUGAAAGAUUAAAAAAAUAUAUGUAUA